AUGUUUGCCAACAUUUCAGAUCCUGAAACAUGCUUUGAGGUCAAACAUAACAACCCCACAGCUGAGAGCGGGGACUACUACAUCCAUCCUUCAGCUCCACAGUUCCAGGGUUUGUCUGUGAAGGUCUUCUGUCUGAUGAAUGACACACACCAGCUGGAGUACGUCACUCUGCCCAACAGGAACUUCGGACACUACCCGAAAAGGUCCAAUGGGAAUUGUCUAAAUGAACAGCCAAUUCUAAUAGAGCUUGGUAUUGGCAACGGUGGUGUAACGGAUUACCAAAAGAUUAGGAUCCACCCAUCAACCAUGACAGUUGUCACAACUGACACGACCUUCGCCAGCGGGAACAAGACGACGCCUCUACAGUACGGUGAAGCAGAAGAUUGUUACUCGUAUACAAGUGGCUGUAAGAAAAUAGGAACUUUUCACAUCAACACACUGGGAACAAGGAUGCGGUUUAAGAACGAUCUGACAUGGGAUGUUAAAUCGGAUGGCUUCAAACCUCUUGUGCAAAACAUUACACGUCAACAGAACGGCGCCAUCAUUGACGUUGUUUGUGGAGGAUGGUGCGGUGGGUGCCGCCCCAAGGGGGACAUGGUCCUGUACCCGAACAGUCUGGACAAGGAAACAAAGGACAACAUCCUGAAGUCAUCACCAUGAGUGACUGCUGUAGGAGUACAGGAGUACAAGAGUGGCAGCUGAACGGUAUACAGACACGGAUGUUUUUGUUCUUCGGAAAUCAAUAAAUCGUUAUUUUAUGUGUUUUAGGCCUGGUUUACCUUAACACUCUUCACUUAAGACUUUAUUUGUCAAACCAAGUGUAUAUAUUUUCUCCCGGAAAUGACAUCAUCAAAAGGGGAUUUCAAAACGUUUCAGGGCAGUGAGAAGUGAAAAUAGCUCUAUUCCGAUUUGUCAAAUACUACUGCUCUUACUGCAUAGGGUUAAUUAAUGUUCGGAAACGUAAAUCAAUUUGAUCGAUUUUUUUUCUUCUUUUCUUUUCGGCUGCCAACGGUACAAAAGACCAUUUAUGAGUAGGGCGGGCGCCUCUAGUCUGCGGAAUAUGCUCACAUGUUUGCUAAUACUCUGUAUAAGCACAAACUGAUGACAAGGAUUCUUGAUUGUGUAAAUGUUGUGCAUUGCUGUCAAUGGUGUCAUCUUAAUGAUUUUUAAGUAUCUCUAUAAAGUCUUUUUGUGUUUUUGCACAGGUUGUGCAGAGUAAUUUUUCUUUCAAGCUUUUUCCACAUAAAUUUAACAUCUUUAGUUGAACAUGACUCAGAGUCCAUUUAGUGGCAUUCGUUGAAGAUGUAAAUGUUCAUAGGCAAAGACGUUGACGUGGAAGACGCAGAAAUUGUAUGUACGACAUCUUGUACUGUGAAAACCCAAGUUUUUUUAUUGAUUGUAAAACCCACCUGCUUAGAAACAUCAGUAAACCGAAUAUAGUUAAUUAGAACCAUUUAAAUAUGCAGCACUGCACAUUGACCCUCUUAACUACUCCUUAUACACAAUCAAUGGGUGUACUCACUGUGUCAA